UUUAUUUUUUUUUUUUUUUUGCGGUUUAUUCUUUUUCUUUUUCUUUCUAUUAAAAUGACACAAGAAAAACGAAAAUCAGUUAUUCCAUCCACUGAAGAGUUUUCUCAUCUUUUUCCACCAGCAACAGAUAGCUCUAUAGGUGCCACACCUAUUGUUCAUUCUAAUGCGACCUUAACUUCAACAGCAGAGUCAGCUUUGCAGCAACAAAUACCAUCAAGAAAGCUUUCUUCUUCUUCUUUUUCUUCUUCUUCUUCUUUUAAUGCUGGAGUUGAUUAUGUCAUUGUUUUUCGUUUCCCAACUGAUACUACGACUAAGCUUAAUAAAGGAAAGAAUAACUUACCAACUACACGAGCAGAGCUACAAGUUCAGGUUACAGAGUCAUUGAAGGAUAUUACUAGACGACUAACAAGAGUAAAUCUUCGUUUCCAAGUACGUCCCGGUAAAGAAAAAGGAACUCUUUUAAUUUUUGUUAGUGCUCCUACAGGUCCUAUCAAGAAAGAAUAUAGACAAGAAAGAGUGCGUGAUUUCCUAUUGGGUGUUCGAGUAGAUGAUAUUGAAAAGGAGCCAGACAUUUUAGAUAAAACAUUUAAAGAUUUGACGGAAGCUGAACGACUUCGUUUAGUUCAUGAGAUAUUAACUCAAUCUGAAUCAGAAGGUGGUGCAGGUAUUUCGCCUAUAGUUGAUAAGUACGUUGAAAGUAUCAUGCCUUUACAUAAUGAUGAAUAUAAUAAUUUAUGGUUAAAGUCCUGGUCUACAAAAUGGCUUAUUAAUGAUGCUGAUUUAUUAAAAAUUCGUAAUCAUUUUGGUGAAAAAAUUGCAUAUUAUUUUGCUUUCCUUCAAAAUUAUUUCUUAUGGCUUAGUGUACCAGCUGUAGUUGGUGUCUUGGUGUAUUUUACUCAUUCAAAUACACUUUCAGUAUGGUUCUCGAUUUUCAUGUUAACUUGGUCUAUCGUUUUUCUCGAGAUGUGGAAGCGACGUGAAUCUGAGCUAGCUAUUCAAUGGGAGGUUCGAAAUUACUCAAAACAUGAAAAGCGAAGAACUGAGUAUAAGGGAGAAAAAAUAGUCAAGGAUCAUGUAACUGGUGAGGACACACCUUAUAUAUCAGCAUGGACAUUGUUAGGAAGACGCGUAGCUUCCAUACCAGGUGUAGCUAUUGGUGCAUUCUUACUAAGUAUCAUAGUUGGAUUUGUAUUUAUUCUUCAAUUGUUUUUACAUGAAUAUUAUAACGGUCCUUUCCGUCAGUUUUUGCAUUAUGCACCUACUGUAGGUUAUGUACUUUUUAUUCCUACUAUGACUAAAAUUUAUAGCAAAUGGGUAAAAGUAUUGACUGACUGGGAAAUGCAUAGAACAGAUACUUCUUGGGAAUAUAGCUAUACACAAAAGAUUUUUAUUGCAAACUUCUUAGUUGGUUAUCUUUCAUUGUUUAUUACCGCCUGGAUUUAUAUUCCAUUUGGAGAUUAUGUUUUACCUUAUCUUGUAGAGUUUAGUAUUAGCCAUGAUCAUCAGACUGUAGAUUUUCAACGAUUAAGAGCACAGCUUGUCUAUUUUAUUGUGACAGGACAAUUAAUAGGGUUUUUGACAGAAAUGGUUGUUCCUUAUGCUUUAAAAAAAGUGAUGCCUAAAGUUGAGGAGUUUAAGGACAGAAUAAUUCAUAAUCCAAAAACAAAUAAUAAGAAUGUAUCUUCCACUCAACGAAAAGAUAUUGCUAUUAAUACACCAUUCACCAAUGAAGAAAGCAAGUUUAUGGAUAAAGUCUACAAAGAAGUAGAAAUGGAAGAAUACAACAUUUAUACUGACUAUGUGGAAAUGGUGAUUCAGUUUGGCUAUGUAAGUAUGUUUUCUACUGUUUGGCCUUUAACUGCAUUAUGCUCAAUCAUCAAUAACUGGGUUGAACUUCGUGGCGAUGCAAUUAAAAUUUGCAAAUACACUAGGCGUCCUAUUCCUCAUCGAGUUGAAAGUAUUGGUCCUUGGUUAAGAAAUAUGGAAACCUUAGUUUGGUUAUCCUCUAUUACAAUGGGAUCAUUUGCAUACCUUUUCCAUCCUUCUACUAAUAUUCAUUCAACGUAUACACCUGUUUUUACAUUAUUAGCCAUUUUAUUAUCUGAACAUUUAUUUAUUGCAUUUCGUUUUGGCAUACAUCAAGCAUUUAAACUUAUUCCAAGUUGGGCUGAAUGGCUUGUUCGUAAAGAAGAGUACAAACUCAAGAAAGUUUGGUUGGAACGUAUGAUAGGUAAUCAUCAGCAUUUUAUUCAACGUAGUAGUGUUGAGUUAGAUGACAAUUCUGAUCUGUCAAAUCCAUUGAAUUCUAAAAUAUGGGGUCAGCAUUUAAACCCUCAAGCUGAAACAAUGGAGGCUAUUCAACUUGUCCAAAAUACAUUUAAAACAAAAUAAUUAUACGUAUACAUUUAUUCCCUUAAUUACUAUGGUUAAUAAUAAAUUUGCACUUUUUUUUUUUUUUUUUUUUUUUU